AUGGCAAGGUACCAGCGAGGCCAGGUGUGUGGUGUUGAUAAUUGCCCCUCUCGGUUGUGGAAAAGAAUUGAUGGUCGUAAUGUUUGUCAAUAUGGACAUAUCAAUGAGUUUGAUAUCGAGCUCGACGAUGAGGACCAGGCUCUUGAAGCGCUUGGAAAUGGGGCUGGUGGUGAUUUCAGUCGGAGGUUGAGAAACGUUGCUGGUUUAACGGUUUCACAGGCAGCAAGGGACAAAGUUACAAGAUUAGGAGAUGAUCGAACCAUCCGAAGGAAAUACGGUGAAGAUUUCCGUAAGUUACAAAGUCGAUGUUUCCAGAUCAUUCUUGCCAAGAAUACCAGGUAUAUCAUUGAGCAGCUGAAGCUAGAGGACGAUAUACGGGAUGAAUACGUUGCCGUAGUCAAAAUGCUCUGGGCCAAACUUCUAGGAGAAUCAGUUGCUAGAAAAUUAGAGACAGUUACCAAGCACCAUGAUAUUGCACACCUCAACAUUUUGAAUUAUUUAGCCAUACUUCAAAUGGAACUUCCUGUUUACUUGAGAGACUUUAUUGCCUUGACUUAUGGGAAGAAGUACUCAUUAGAACGAACAGAAUACGCCCUACCAAGGGAAUUGAGAUUACAGAUUCCAUACUCACAGAGUUCUACAUUCCACGGAACCCUAAUAGCCAACUAUAUUGACACUUUGACAAGGAAGUUCCCGCUACAACACAUCAGAGACCAUGCUUCACAUGUGAAUAUCAACUACUACCCACUCAUUGUGAGGACUUUAUCCGAACUGUCUCUACCUCUUGAGAUAUCACAGUGCAUCAGAAACUGCAUUGAGAAACACAAGAUUGAUUUAACAAUGGCCAUUAUCCCCAAGGAGAAAACACACCCGGAAUUGAAAGUCAUGGCUCUCAUUGUUAUCUUCACCCGUCUUUACCUCUCCAAGUACCCAGAUAGACUUGCUACUUGGAAAAGAGAAUAUACCCCGUCCAUGAAAGCCCGUGUGCUUUUUCAAACGUCGUUUCACGAGCUAUGCAAUUGGAGCAGACAAGAAGUAUACACUUUCCUCACUGAAUACGAAGCGCACCAUCUCCCGAGUAUUAGGAGCACCAACAUUGCUUCCUCCCACAGCUACAAGGACAGAAACGAGUCUCGAAUGGCUCAUUCCCUGAUGGAGCUCUUCCCAAAACGCCCACCCCCACCUGAUAGUACACAUACACAUCCACCAACAGUCACGGAUACCGGUAGGGACUGGAAUAUCGACGAUGCACUUGGCCAACACAUUGUAGCUCACUACCAAUGUUCAUCUUUCCAAAUGGAACGGACCGUUAGAAGAGCGUGGUACCAGAUAAAAAGGAAAUCAUGA